AUGGCCUGCCCUGCUGACCUUUUCGAAGGUCAAGACCAGCAAGUUCGGGCGGCCUCUAGCAGAGCUGUCAAGCUAGCAUUAGACAUCCGUGUUGCAAGCCGAAAGUGCAACCAUGCGGCCAUCUCGACGGAUCUAGGCUCGAUCGCGACCGAACUACAUCUGUUGUCGAUUACUCUGCACGACCUGCAGGAAGCCAUAGAGGCCGCCCGGCAGGAGACCUCAUAUUACACCGACGCGUUCCGUCAGGAUCUCGCGGAAAUUCUGACAGAACUCAAUCACGUACUUGAUGAGGUCCAGGACUGCUGUCAGGAGCUCGAGGCGUCCGAUUCGUCGUCGCUCAAGCCAGUAGCCUGGUUCUUCAAGAAGGGCCGCGCCGCGAAUCUUCAAAAGCACAUGGAAGCUCUGAAGACCACAGUCAUUGUGAUGCGGACAGUGCUGCAGCACGCGAAGGACUAUGAUAGCAAGGAAUCUUCAUCUGGACGCCUCGCGGAGUCAACACCACACACGAUGGUCGAAGAACGCGCGAUACUCGAAGCAGUCUUUGCAGAGAACCGCAAGGCACUCCAGAGCAACACUCAAACCAAGACUUCACAUUCUCACAGUCUAUCGUCGUCGUCCGAUGCUAAUCCUGAACUGAGCCCCGGCGCCCAUGGAAGGAACCUGUCCAACGCCACAGGCGUAGAAAGCAUCGAUGUUCCAGACGUCCUGCCUCCCAAAGCCCAGGCGGGCUCCCCGCCCAAGACGGAAGAUGCAAUGAGCCUCGCCCGUCGAUUCUCAAAGCGAGCUCAUCUUGGAAUUCAUAAGUCUAUCCUUGAUAUGAAGGCCGAAGAGAUGGCAACUGGUCUCCGCAAGAGGUGGAUCAAAAUGCCUGUGAUCGAGGAGGCGGGCUCUGGGGACACAGCACUGCAGGCCAUUUCCAACCAGGCUGAUGGAGAGUCAAGCAAUCCGGAGAAGAAGUCUGUGAUCGGGCGGGCUCUGGCAAAAUUGAGGAUCGGUGGACGUCGCUGA